AUGUAGAAACACACAUUGAUGGAGACAACUCCCCAUAUUGAGAUUAAGCAUACCACUUAAGCAAUAAAUAAGGGAGUUUAUGUCUUGUAUUAUCCAUCUAUAAAUGAAUCUGCAGAUCCAAUUGUUAAAGCGCUGCAAUUUUAUUUUAAAUCAAAAGAGUUGCUCAAAGACAUUAAUUCUGGAAAAUCAGCAAAGAUUUAUGCUUUAAAUGAUACAGAUCCUUUUGAAUAUGUGAUAAUUUAGAAUGCAACAAGUCCAAGAAUGGAUGGGGCAAAUUUGGCUAGGAAAGCAUCCAAUAAGAUAGCUAAUCAAAAAUCAGAAGAUAACUCAAUUAGUGUACUAUUGCCUCAUAAUUACACAGUUAAUGAUAUAGCUGAAUUCUCUUUUGGAUUUUAAUUGGCUAAUUAUAGAUGGACAUAUUAAUCUAUUAAAGAAGGAGGUAAAUCAUCUUCAUUUCCAAUCAAUUAUUUAAAUUUGAUUACAUCAAUUACUUAAGAAGAAUAUCUAAAUCAAGUAGAAUAACAUUGGAAUCUUAAAUAGUAAAUAUUAUACUUAAUAAUAUAGUUUGCAUCAUUUAGUAAAACCAAUUUUGAGAUUAAGAGAAUUGGUACCCACAAGACCUAACAUUGCUACUACUGGAUUUAUGAAAAAUUAUAUUUUAGACAUUGUAAAAGGAUUUGGUGAUAAAGUUACUUCAACUUUAAUUGAAGGAGAUGAACUUUUGGGAGUUGGAUUAAGAUUGAUACAUGCAGUUGGAAGAGGUUCAAUACAUAAGCCAUUUUAUUCAUGUUUGUCUUAUAAAGGAAAUGCAGAGAGUGAUAAAUAUUAUGCUUUAGUAGGAAAAGGAGGUAAAAUAUUGAUCUAAUAAAUUAGUUGUUUUUGAUAGUGGAGGUUUGAGUAUUAAAACUACAUCUAGUAUGGAAUAAAUGUAUGAUGAUAAAGGUGGUGCUUGUACUGUAUUAGAGACAUUCAGGGCUGUUGUUGAAUUAGGAUUACCUAUUAAUGUUGUUUGUUCAACUGCUUGGGUUGAAAAUUCAGUUGGACCAGAUUCAUAUAGAGUCUCUGAUGUUAUUUAAUCUUAUAAGGGUAUAACUGUUGAAAUUUUAAAUACUGAUGCUGAAGGCAGAUUAAUAUUAGCUGAUGCUAUGUCUUAUGCAUAAGAUAAAUUCUAAAUUUAAGAAAUGAUUGAAUUGUCAACACUUACUGGCAUCAUUAAAAAUGCUUUGGGUAGAUAUUGUGGAGUUUUUACAAAUAGAAAGGGAUGUUUUUCUUUAUUAAGAAAAGUUGAAAAAAUAACAAAAGAACCUUUUUGGGCUUUACCAUUAGAAGACUAACAUAGAGAAUUGAUUAAAGGAAGUGUUGCUGAUAUCAAUAACUCAAGUUCUGGUAGAGUAGGAGCUUCAGCUGCAGCAGCAUUUUUAGAAUGCUUUGUUGAAAAGAAGGUGAGAUGGAUGCAUUGGGAUAUAGCUAAUGUUGCUGUUACAGAUAAGAAUGAAGGUAUUUAUACAAAAGGAGGUACUGGUUUUGGAGUUAUGUCUUUGAUCUAUUAUAUGACUUGGGAUAUUGUAAGCAAGGAAAUUAAGGAAUAAAAGUAAGAAAAUGAAGAUGAUGACAAUUGA